CUUCUUAGCACUCACUGUGCUCCGGGACUGGUCUGUGCUGCUGGACUUUAGCAAGCCAAAACUCUUCUCGGACAAGAGCUUACAAGAAUACUUCCCCCAAGAUGGCCUCCGAGAAAAGACUGUCUGCUAGGCGCAAACACACUCUAAAGAGCUGCAUGCUCGUUGUAGCCAAUACUUUACUGGACACUGAAGCUUCUGCGAAGGCUGAGGAGAGGGAGAAGUUCCUGAAGGAGAAGUGUCCCCCUCUGGAGCUGCCCUACUCCAAAGACGAGCUUAUAGAACUAUGUCAAAAACUUCAUGAGCAGAUCGACCUUAGUGAAGAGGAGAGAUACUGCUUAGAGUUCAAACUAAACAUGGUUCUUGAUGAGGUCAGGGAUCUCAAUAUUAAGAUAGUGGAUCUGAGGGGUAAGUUUAAGAGGCCCAGGCUGAAGAAAGUGCGUAUGUCUGCUGAUGCCAUGCUCAAAGCUCUGCUGGGCUCCAAACACACAGUCAACAUGGACCUGAGGGCCAACCUGAAGCAGGUCAAAAAGGAGGUCAAAGAGGAGGAUAAGCAGCUGCGUGAUGUUGGAGACUGGCGUAAGAACAUUGAAGACAAGUCUGAUAGAAAGAAGAUGUUCGAUAGUUAAAUUGAACCUAGCUCUACUUUGAGACACAGGAAUAACUUCCAGAACAUAAUUCAGGCCAUGACUUUGAAACUGAACAGUUUUGUUCUAUAUGUGCAGCAUUACAGUAGCCUGGCCUGUCAUUUUCAUUGUAUUUACACAGAAAGUCUGUCUGUCUUUCAAAGCGGGAUUGCACUGGAGGAAAUCAAACCAAGCAAUACUUAGAUGUGAACCCAGACAAACUUUCUCAGUGUAAAUAAAGAGGCUUUUGUAUGCGCUGGCUACCUAUAACAACGUUAUCAAAUAAGAUCUUUGCAUUUGUAUAAGAAGCUGAAGAGCAGGCUUUCAUAAGAUAAGGUGUUUUGCUUCAAUGGCAGUUUGACAGUUGAACAGGGAAUAUGUUAUGUAGAUCUAUGGUUAGGAAAGGAUAGUCACAGGUGUUUAAGAUGGAAUAAAACUGUUCAGUGAUACUUGCUUUUGCCUGUACUUUCACUGCACUGUGAUGUAUAUUCUGUAUGUAAAGAGGAUUGUGUUCAUCAGAUUGUUCUGAGUAGUAACACUUCUAUAGCCGUUCUUAAAUUAAAUACUUCUGCUAAGCAGUGGACUACUCCA